GCAGCUCGUGCGAUACGGACCAGACCACGGGGCUUUCGUCGAGUGUCGUGCGCGUCCUGCGAGUGUCCUGACUGGCUGCUGUUGCUGCUGCUGCUGCGGCUCUGUUUUAGUACCUGCUUACCAGCGCCAUCGUAGUACCCAGUGGGACAUCCAGUUUGAGCGAGUGUGUGUUUGUGUGUUUGAGUGUUUGAGUGCGUUUAGUUGUGAGGUUGCGUUGAAUAAACAGGCUCGAGCAGGAGCUGUGUCACGGGCAGAUUUCGUCCGCUCCAUCUGCGCUCGGAUUUACAUCCCUCCGCACCCGUGAGGCCCGUGCUCGCAGUUGGUGGAUUUUGAGCAGGGAGUGAUGUUUAAUUGAAUUACCCUAUCAGCACAGUCGCACACGGGUUCGGGGUUUAGUUUGGUGCCUCCGCCUCCGCUACCAACAGUUGGUUCCGUGGAAGUGUGGCAGCUUCCGGGAGAGAGGUUAAGAUUUACGACCGUGCUGGGAGGAAGAAGGAGGCGAUUCCACCCUGUUUCGCUCCCUUGACCGCGUGCGUAUGUGUGAUAGUGCUUGCUAGUGUUGGUACGAUCGUUGGUGAGUGCGCUAGCUUUGAGGUGAGCUGCAAAACAGAAAAUUGAAACGUGUGCACAAAAGCGUUUUUCAAUUUCAUUACAAUUCCAUUUCCAUCGUGUGUGAGUGUGAGUGUAUGCGCGUGUGUGUAUGUAUGUUGGCCCGUUCAAUGUGUAUACACGUACUGCUCGUGUGAAAAAGCAGUAAAGGGGGAAAAGCACAGCCUCCUGGUCUCGCACGUGGCUGCUACACCGUGCCACGUGGAGGGAAAAGUUGUCCCCAUUAGUGUCAGCGCCAGCAAACGCAAUCCAGAAACCAUUUAUCCCGGAGCAUUUCGCGAAGGAGGACAGCACAGGGCAGCGUUCAGGUGCCGGCUAUAAAUAUGCAAACUCCGCUCCCGACACUGUCCGGAUGAACGCAGCUCGAACGCGCUCCCAUGACAACGGUGCACCAUUUGCACUAACAAUCCCCGACACUGGCACCAUGGUAAUGAGCUGAUCAUUCAGUAGCACUAAUUAAAUAAUGCAACACUAGCAGCGCACCAGUGCCGGGGUCUGUGCAGCGGUACCAGCGUCGAUGCCACCCAGCUCGAACCGCCCGCGUGUUCGCUCGUGCUGUGCGCCCAAAGUGAGCUAAUUUAUCAUUGACCACGGAACAAAGCGGGCGCGGAGGCGUAAACAAAGCGAAGGCAAAAAAAAAAGGAAAACAUAUCAAACGAUAUUUAGUGCUGGUGUGCUGGAGACAGAGCGGACACACAGACACACGCACGGCACACACGAGUGGGGUAUGAAAAUCGCUACCCCCUGCCACCGGGGGUUUGCACUGCUGGGCUCAGCGGGCCAGGAACGGCUUCGAGACGUGCGCUAGCGGGCCGAGAGCGAACCAAUGGUCACCCACAGGAAGCCACCGUUCUACCGCAUGUGCAACGACGCCACCCCACGACGACUGUCGAUCUUUGCAGUGCUCUUCCUCAAUUUGUUCAUUGAUCUUACCACUAUCGAUGGUCACGUCCUUCCGCGUCCUCUAGCCACCAGUACCGUCGCUACCUUCACGACCACGUCCAUUCCCAGCACUACCAGCAUCAGCAGCCCCACCACCACCACCACUGGCAGCACUCCAGGCGAGCGUAACUUUUCCACUGCUGGCAGCAACACCACGGGCACGGGUACCUCACCAUCCCAUCCAUCCCGCUCGGUACCGUUCGAUCUUUCCACCCUGACCAACAUCGCGCCAUUUGGUACGCGCCCAAUUUCUACGAAUUUUUCCACUGAAUCAAACGUGCGCGCCAAUCAGCAUACCGGAACCGUGCCGUACGGUGAGAGCGAGGUGAACAGUACUGCCGGCGGUAGGGUUUUGGUGGUCGUACCUGGCAACUUUGCCAUCGGGCAGCUUCGCCAAGGAUUUCGAAACUUUGUCACACUGCUCCAACCGAACCGGUCACCUGUGCCGAGCGACCGGAUCGACCAGAACGGUACACUGCUCGACAGUCUGAUCCAGUUCCGCCCCUGGCGAGAUAUGGUUGCGUUCGAGCGCUGGCUGGAGGAUCCCGCCUUCGCGACCGUGCUCUACAUGUCCGACGAAGGUGACAGCUUCAUUGGAUACUGUGACAGCCUUUCGACACACUUGUCAGCCAUCUACCGGAAGUCGGUGCUCUUCUGGCCGUGCCCACGCAUGAAGGCGACGGAAAAGUUCAUUCCCUCUUACGAAACUGUUUCGUUCGCCGUGAAAAGCAUCGCGCAGCAGCUUAAUUGGACCGAAGCGGUCCUGCUUGCGACAGACGCUAACCGAGCGCUAUCGCUUGCGCUGGCCAGCAAUCUACACAUACCGUACACGAUAGCAAUGGAUGCGACCAGCAUUCCGUCCUCCUUCAACGACAGCAAUGGAAAAGUGGUAAUCAUCUGUUCGUCGAUCAACUCCCCACAAACAAUCAGCGUAAUCAAUCAACUUAGCCAGUACAGCAGGACGAAAAUUCUGCUCCUCGACCUGGUCGGCACGAUUUUCAACAGCAACAACGUGCUGUACCGCCGGCUGGCCGAGAACGGUGCCGAACCGUUCGGCGAAGCGCUGCGCCACCGCCGCAACCUGCUCGUGCUGACGAUACUGACGGAAAAGUUUCGCUCCUUCCUGCACCGGCUGCACGGCGUCGAUCUCGGCGACUACAAACAUAUCAGCGAGAAUUUGCUGAAAAUACGGCUGAUGGACGACAAGCUCCCGCGGGACACCGGCCAUGAUGACGAUGGUGAUGGCGACGGUGCUGAUGGCUUCAACGCUACGACGGACGAUGCUGCCGCCCCCAGCGCGUACGGCGAUGAGCAGCCAGCGCCCGUGCCGGACCUGCCACAGCUUCUACCCGCGCACCCGCCCGAGAUGCUGCUCGAGCUGCUCAGCCUCGCCACGAACGGGACGAACGCGUCGGAAAGCUGCGACUUCCACUAUCUGCUCACGCAAGUCGCCAACUGGUACGAAAUUCUCGCCCAAACGUUCGACACCGCCCGCUGCCAGACACUGUUCGGGAGCUAUUGCGAAGCCGGCGUAAGCCACGGUGCGGACAGUGCCGCCGGCCGCAACCUUCACCAUCCAUCAUCGUCGCCGGUGAACAAUGAAACCGACCGCGCGCUGUCGAACCGAUCGCUAGAAGCAACCAUCGAUGAAAUAGAGCGAUUCUGUGACCUCUUUCUCGCCAGCUACGACCGACUGCUGGCUGACGAGUUGUCCCCAAUCACCACCACCAGCACCACCGGCAGCAGCACAGCAAACGCUUCCUGGAGUUGGGGGGCUGAAGCGACACCACCACCGACCACCGAUCAUCUGCUCAUGUUCGGGGAGCACUUUUACUUCUUCGACUAUCUGCUGGCGGUGGCGGAGGAUGCCCAGGCACGGAACGGCCCCGGCUACGAGCAGCACCGCAAGUUUCAGUUCGAUUUUGUAGCGUUCGACUUCAAAAACAUCUCGCACCGCCGGACGGCCGUGAUGUGGCGCCCGUUUCUCAUCCUGCAGCAGAGCCAGCUGCACCGGCACCAGUUCAGCAUGCAUCCCGUACCGCCCGGGUACGCCGACUGGGUGGUGGAGGCAACGCUCGAGACGAUCUGGAUCUGUGGUGUGCUGUGCUGGGCGGUUGUCGGGCUGGUCGGGCUUAUCGCCGUCGCGAUGAUCGUGGGAAGCAUCGUGUUCAGCAUUGCGGUGCGAAACUACAUCAUCAAGACGCGCCUCUCGAAGGGACCGAACAAAAUCGUGCUCUCCCCGUCGGAUUUUGUGUUCCCGGUGGAUAUGCGAAGGGUUGACGAGGGUAUCGAGGCGAUGCUGUGCUGCUGGCUCCAGCAGCUGCAGGAAUUCGGUGGCCCCGAGGUGGAGAAGCCUGAUCUGCUGAAGGGAUCGAUUGGGUCGCUCAAGAAUCUGGGACUUCCGGCACCGACCAAGCCAAGCUCGGGCAGUGAAACGCUAAUACGGCACAGCGCCGCAGCCAUCGAUCAUAAAGCACGGUAUAAUGGUGAUUUAGUGCAGUUGAAGGAAAUCCCAUCGAGCUCGGCAUCCCACGAGCUGAAAACGAAGGCAAUGGACUUGCUCGUGAUGGCGCACAGUUUACGACACGAAAACAUAAAUCCUCUAAUCGGCUGGCUCAACGAACCAAGCCGCACCGCACUCGUGUUCGAGCACUGUUCGCGCGGCUCCCUCCAGGACGUACUCAUCAUGGACGAGAUCAAGCUGGACUGGUCGUUCCGGUUGAGCUUGCUGACGGACCUGGUGCGCGGCAUGCGCUACCUGCACGCCUCUCCGCUCCGCGUGCACGGUUCGCUCUCGUCGCGCAACUGCGUCGUGGACGCCCGCUGGGUGCUGAAAAUUACCGACUACGGCAUGCUGAGCUUCUACGAGGCGCAGGGCAUUGCGCCGGCACCGCGGAGCGCGAAGGAGCUGCUCUGGACCGCACCGGAAGCGCUGCGCGACUCCAAGACCUACCCCAAGGCGGGCACGCAACCGGCCGACGUGUACGCGUUCGGCAUCAUCAUGCAGGAGGUGGUGGUGCGGGGCGAACCGUACUGUAUGCUUUCGCUCACGCCGGACGAAAUCAUCGCGAAGAUCAAGAAACCACCGCCCCUGAUACGGCCCUCGGUAUCGAAGGGUGCUGCUCCGCCGGAAGCGAUCAACAUUAUGCGCCAGUGCUGGGCCGAGAAUCCCGAAAUGAGACCUGAUUUCGCCACCAUCUGCGAGCGCUUCAAGCAAUUAAACCACGGCCGGAAGGUAAACUUUGUAGAUACGAUGUUCCAAAUGCUGGAAAAGUACUCCAACAACCUCGAGGAGCUGAUCCGCGAGCGGACGGAGCUGCUAGACAUAGAGCGGAAAAAGACUGAACAGCUGCUGAACAGAAUGUUGCCAAGCUCGGUGGCGGAAAAGCUCAAGCUCGGACUGGCGGUCGAGCCGGAAGAGUUUGCGGAGGUGACGAUCUACUUUAGCGACAUCGUGGGCUUCACCACGAUAGCGGCCCACUGCACGCCGGUCCAGGUCGUUGAUCUGCUGAACGAUCUGUACACCUGCUUCGACGCGACCAUCAACGCGUACAACGUGUACAAGGUGGAAACGAUCGGCGACGCGUACAUGGUGGUGAGCGGGCUGCCCGUCCGCACGCCCGACCAUGCCGAACAGAUCGCUACGAUGGCGCUGGAUCUGCUGUCCCAGAGUGGCCACUUCAAGGUGCGCCACCUGCCGGGCGUUCCGUUGCAGCUGCGGAUUGGGCUGCACACCGGUCCCUGCUGUGCCGGUGUCGUUGGGCUAACGAUGCCACGGUACUGCCUCUUCGGUGACACGGUCAACACGGCGUCCCGGAUGGAAUCAACAGGCUCAUCCUGGAGGAUUCACAUGUCCCAGCAGACGUGCAAUUUGCUGGAGAAAGCCGGCGGAUACGUAAUCGAGCCCCGGGGGCCUAUCGAAAUCAAGGGCAAAGGCAAGAUGCACACGUACUGGCUGCUGGGAAAGAAGGGCUUCGACAAGGCACUGCCCCCGCCGCCACCGAUCGGGGAAUCGCAUGGGCUCGAUGUGGCAAUCCUGAAGCAUUCCCUCUUCCAGUCGCAGCAGAACCACGGUGCCAAAAUCAAUAACGCCUCCAUCCAGAGCAACACCUGCUCGACGGCGAACCACUCGUCCAGCCAUUCGCCCUCGGUCGCGGGCGAGUCGAUCGAUGUGAAGGUGGAAAUAACGCCACCCGUACCGCCCAGCCUCGACCCCGGCCAGCAGCAGCAGCAGCAGCAACCGGGCCACGACACGGCAGCCGUCCUCUCGACCUCGUUCUCCAUCGAGUCGAGCUCGAGCAACAACACGUUCACGCUUAACCUUGGCGAGUUUGGGCAGCCGAAAGCGUCCCCCCUGCCCAGCCCGCAGGCCCGCAAGCUGUCCGAGGUCAUCGCGGACGGGUCGUUCCUGAGUGCGGGCGCGACCUUUGACCGCCUCAACCCGUCGCCAUCGUCCGCGUCCGCCAGCUCGACCCGCCUGUUCAAGCGCAUCGAGGAGCUGAUCGACCUCAGCUCGCCGUACAACUACUACAAGUGCUUAAGCCCGAGCGAGAACAACCUGUCCCAGUGCACGGAGUCCCGGUACGGCAGCUACCAGUUGCGCUCGGACAGCUGCUCGAGCAAGCCCGGCUCGACGCGCUUCCUGCGGCGCCAGUUCAGCCUGGACAAGGACGACGUGGGCCCAUCGUCCGGCGGGCAUGGGGCGGCGACGCUCAGCGCCAAGGCAACGCUCGACACGAUCUCCUCAAUCUCGGUCGACCGGGAGCAGCUGGCCCGGAUGGGUACGCUCACCUCGAUCCCGUCGAUCAGCUCGACCAACUCGGCGACGCUGCCGGGUGGCGGGCAGAAGCAGCGCAGCCUCGCCAUGCACCGCCAGCAGUCGGCCAGCGUGGCGCAGGAUUUGGAGAAGAUCGAAGAGAUCCCGCUGUCACCGCAAUCGUUCAUCAUCAAUCAUACCGGUGGUGGUGGUGGAGGCAGCAGCAGCACGUCCAGCCUGCAGUCGGAGGUGAACGAACGGGGGCGAUCGUUCCGGAAUGGGGCGAGCACGGCCCCGAACGGGCACAGCCGGAAGGAGCUGCGGCUCAGCGUGGAAGCGCUCGGGCUUCGGUGAGUGCACCAGGUCAGUACGGUGUCGUUGCUGUAACGGGUGCCGCGGGCCGAGUGAAAAAACAAAGCAAAACUUCGACUGAACUACAACAAACGGCAGAAAACUAAACACACACACACACACACACAUAUUCUCUCUCUAACAUGUAAGCUACGUCGAGGAGCGAGGGAUGAAGCUCGCGCAAGGGGGUUGAAUGGUGGCCACGGAUGUAGCCCGUGAGCGCUAGAUAGAUAUUAUUUACACUGUAUACGGUGCCAGGCGCUAGCACGUGUUCAAGCAUGCGGCUAUACGUUAUCCACUACUCGACUAUCACACGUCCCCACGUCUCCACUCGCUAAAACUUUCUCUGUGGACUCAUAUCCCCCUAUUAUUCUCACCCCUACGCUGCCUGUGGAGUGGGUUUGCACGCACGUGGCUAUGUGUGUGUGUGUGCUUGUUGUUUAUUUUCCCGCUGGCGCACACGGAAAACAAUCAACAAAACGUUAGCAACAGCAGGAACGGUUCGCCGCACCGAAAACACCGGCAAACGUAUCAAUUUCCACGCCGCAAGACACUUUUCCAGCGGAAUUAUUAAAGCGGAAGGGAGCGAAAGAGGUGAGCGGAGUGCGUUGUUUGUGAAAGUGAAGGAAUGGUAUGGGCGUCCCGGUGCCCUGGCAGAAACGGUGAAACAACACCCGAAACCUAUCGAGCAAGAUCGAUGUCCAUCAGCUUCGUUUGAUGUGUGUGCAACAGUGUCGGGGCAGUGAGGGAAAUAAGUUUCGUGGCGUUGCGAUUUUCUCGCCAACCUUGUCACUCUUUGUAGAUGAGCACGCUUGUACGUGAGUGCGCGUUUGUGUGUGUGUGUGUGGGUGCUUUGUUCUUGGAAUGAAACGGAAUCAUUUCCAAACAAACGACUUCCACGUUUCUGAUGUUGGCCUGUGCCAAAUAAACAUGUGCACAGGCGGGUGGAAUGUACGCUUUUGUUAAUUAAGAUAAUCCAAAAGCAAAACAGAAGGAAACACUGUAAGGCUGUUUGUACAACACGCGCAAGCAUUUCCUAGAACGUUUGACAAGGUGUAUAAAAACGUGUAUCGUGCUUUAUCUUUCUUUUCGUCAAUAUUACAACUUUAUUUUAAUGUGAGGUAAAACAUUGACUACAAACUCUUUGCAUAUCUUUUGGCCUUUAGAACUGAACUUUCGCAACUAAUGGGCACGUGGUCAUCUUUCUGUAAUACUUUUCAAAGCUUCCAGUGUUCGUACAAACAUAACAUCACCAGCUCCCGGAUGGCCAAUCGUGGCUACAUUCCUGUCCGAAGCGUCUCCGCAGACGGAAGAAUUUCUUAAAUAUUUUAGCACUUUGAUUGCAUAGUUUCCGCUAUUUAGACGCUUUUCCUAAUUUCCUGGAAAUCAUUUGCUUCCUCGCUUGGGUACGAUGAAAAACCCAACGCAAAAUGUUAAGGCAAAUACAUACACGUGUGUUUCUAGGCAAGGCAAAUAAAAUGUGCAGAAGCGUACCAUAGCCUCGAUUUGAUGUACCCCCCACCUUGAAGGUAAUCGAGCACAUCGUCUUCAAGUUUUCCCUGAAUUGUCACCCGCAAGACACCGGUCUAGAGGCUUUUCCACCCCAACUGCACACGGCGAAGUAAGAUUAACGCCUUAAUACGGAGCCUUCAGCUUGCUCAGAUCUUCCAACUGUACCUUAUCACCACGGGAACCAAGUUGCGUCUGCCAACAAAAGCUGACCGUUUUUCCCAUUAUUUUCCCACGGUUUGUUACAGUCCGCUGCAUCGCAAAAGGACACAUCAAAACACGCACACUCGCACACUCGCAAAGAGGUUAAUCCUUACGAUCCGCUAAUGCCCAAGCAUUCGAAUUCCUUUGCCCCUGUCCAGCACCCACCUGGGACCGCAGGGGUUUGCGAACGCAGCAUCAUCAUUUAUUAAUUCAACGCUCACGCUUCGGCUGACUUUUGCACUUCCCGUUUGCACACGCAACCACCCGCCCGGGCGGUGGACGAUCUCGCUGGAACGGUCACGGCAAACGAGAGCCCCGGGUACGUAAUCCGCUUUCGACCAACCCGAAACCGAGGGUGGCUACUUUUGCUGCAGCUUCCUGCUGUUGAGCGGUGCCACUUCUCAAAGGGCGAGGCGUCUUCCGGUGCUGGUGAUGGUAGUGGUAAUUUAAUUUAAACACUACUUACUUAUUCACAACAGUCAACAAAACCGUUUCGCCUCUUGAACCGUGGUGGAAUGCUGCUGCUACUACCACGAGCACUGGAUUGCUUGUUUGUGUCGCGUUAGAAUUUUCUUUACACGGAGACACACACACACACACACACACAUAGCAAGAAGGUCAAGCCCGUUUGGUACCGCACGCUGGGGCACGGGGGUGGAAUUAAUUAGUUGAAACUAUUUUCACGACCACUUUCACACGCGGCGUGGCAUGGCACGUGGCACGAUCUUGCGAGCGAAUCUCGGGCCAAUUCGUUCUACUGAUGGAGUUACGGAUACUGUGUGGGUGUUUUUUUUUAUCUCGUCUUUAUUUUACUGUUUCCAACGACCCGGCGAUCUUUGCGAGCAAUUUACAGGCCAUAAAUCGUCCAGCAGGGCCCAUUUGUGUGAAGCGUCCCGUGGGAAAAUCCGCAGCAGCAAGCGUAUUGCAAAGGCAAUAAACGGAAUCAGAUUCGACAAUUAGUAGACUCUCUGCGUUUUUUUUUCUUUCUCUCUAUCCCUCUCUUUCUUUUCAUAUUUCUCUCUCUCUCUCUCUCUUUUUCUUUAUCUACAUUCGUUCUCUCUUUCUCUCCUUUUAAUCGUACACCGUGUUUACACACAGGUCGUUGGAUCAUCGAGAACGAUUCGUUCGCUAAAUAGGCACAUUUGCCGCCUGUUGGCUAUAAACCGUAGCACCAUUUCGGAUGGGAAAGUAUCGCAACAGCUGGUAGGAAGCAGAUUGUGCUAUUCCGUUGCUAUCCCUUCGCUGGAUUAAAGCUGAAACAAAUCCAAACAUUCUUUUCUCAUAAAAAAAAAGAAAGGUCAAUUUUUUCGCUUCCUUUCCAGGUGCGUCAUUUAGAUAGCUCAAUAACUAGUUAAACUCACUACUACAUUGAAGAACUCACAUUAAAAUCCACCCCGUCUGAUGCAUCUGUUCUCAGAGUACUUUGCAUUAUUGUUAUGCUUUUCCCUUCGUUGGAUGUGUUGGAAAUGGUGAAAAGUUUGACACAAUUGCAUAACUUUAGGCGGCAAACACGCGGGAUGUUCUUGUUCCAUGCGGCCUUUUUCCUUUCAUUUUUCCUGUUGCUGGAUAGAAGCAACUUUUACCAUUCGAUUAUUAGGAUGUAAUCCAAUAUGUAACUACUUGUGUUAUGUUUUGUUUUCAAACAAACAAUGGCUUCAGUGGGUCCGCGCCCACGAAGCGCUAAAGAAAAGUGAUAGCAAAACGGUAAAAAAGUCACGCUAAGCGAGUGCCACAUUAGAAAUAUUGAUACGAUUUUUAUUGUUAUAAAUACAGAAAUCAAGAAAUGAAAUUUUAUUUCAAUACAAACCUCUACCAUGUUAGUACUUCUAUCAAUCUGUUGCUAGUACAAUUGUGUAGGUGAAUUAGUUUUACCAGUCUAUAAACCGGUAAAAAAAAGCGUCUGCAAAUCUACCAUUCCCCGCGUACUCAUGCGCCCAUGCCGUUAGUGUAAAUAGAAUGUAAUUAAUGCAUGUAGUAGCUGUGACUGUCUCUAUGUGACCGAAAAUGUACGUGUACCUAGUGAACCAGGAAUGCUCUAUUGUGUAUGUGUAAAGUGAAAAAUUGUUACGCAAAAAAGCAGACGCAGUAGAACGUGCGAUACGUCACCUCCGUUACGUUUGCUUCCUGUUCAGUUUAUCAAGAGAGGCCGAUACAUUAUUACAACAAAAAGUAGACAAAAUUACACACUCACCGAAACCGGGCGGAAGAAAAACUGUUAAAAUGUUAUUGCGUAUUACAAUAGUCUAUACACCUAAGCCCAACACUGUGUGUCAAAUCGUGUGUCAAAGGAACGAAAAUACUGACGCUUCGGCGAGUGCUCCCGGCGUAACGUUAAGCAAAUGUAAAUCCAUACCCGCUUCCCUCUCAGCCAGCCAGCCAGUAGUAUUUGUACGUGUGUGUGAGCUCAACUAGUUUGCCACUUUGAGCGCGUUAUACUUUCUCUCAUUUCGGUGUUGCCUCCUAGGUAGGUUUGCAGUAGUGCGGAUUCAGACAAGACAAAGCCAUAAAAUAAACAGCAACAAAAUCACACGCUUACCUGUUUUCGAAAGCCGUCUGACACGAUGGCAUAGUACGUGUAAGUGUUUAGCUACAAGACAGCCAGGUACACACACGCAAGCAGAGGGCUUUUUCUAUUGUUUUCCUAGAACCAACCUUCCAUCCAUUUGCAUCCAUCCUCCGGCCCGGAAGGCACGAUGGAUUGGGAGUAGAUGCGAAGAGCUGUAGCUCCUAUCCUAGCUGUUGACUAUUGUUUCAGUAAAGGCGACAGUGUAAUAUGCCACACAAAGCAAACCGACACACAAUGCCGCAAUCCCGCCCGCUUGGCACACACAGACACACACUCGGACAAGGCACAGGGUGAAGAAGAUGGGAAGCGGUAUUAAGUUAAGAAGUUAAGAGUUUGACGCCAGAUUGCUCGAUUGUGUUUCCGCGUCGUGUGUUAACGCCCUGCGUGGUGGGAGUUGCUCCUUUGCCGUUCCGACUCUCCUCUUCCGUCUCUUUACACAAAACCGCCUACCAUGCCAAGUCAAACACGGAAUAGAAACAUAAUUAAAAACGCAUCUUUGUGUCUGUUUGCGUGUGAGUGUGUGUGUGCGCGUAUGUGUGUUUGUGUGUAUGUGUGAGGGUGCAGUAGCAAUCCGGUAGUAGUGUGUAUCGCAUGAUCGCACUCUCAGCUGAAACUAUUCCACUACCGUAGUGUACAGUCACGUCUCGUAGAGAGGACGAUUUAUAUCAUCUUGUGCUGUGUAGAAUCGAGAACUGAGCUGGGAUGCAGUUUGGGAGUACACUAUUAGUCUAUGCGGGCGCGGGUUUGUUUGUAUGAGAAAGAAAGAAAGAGAGGGAAAGAGAUAGAGAGAGAGAGUGAAAGAGGCA